AUGUCAUCUGUAGAUGAAUUUGUCAAUUCGUCAAUGUGGCUUAUCAAGGUGUCGGGGGCGCAGCGCGGGCGCGAGCGGCAUGCGGCGCGCGCGCCAGACAGCCAUGGAGGCCGGCUAGCGGCGCGCGCGCAUCCCCCGCGCCCGCCCCGCCACGACACAGCCAUGGAACUAGCGGACGUGCCGAGGCACAGACCCCUCGCCUUCGAUAAGAUGGAAAGUUUGGUUAAGGAAAUGCAAGAUCCAGUAACGGGUGUACCUAUUCGCAGUCAAAAACUGUUCCUUACCUUCAUUCCAUCUGCUUUUAUGGGUUGUGAUCUUGUUGAAUGGCUUAUGGAGAGAUUUCAUUAUGAGGAUGGUACAAAUGUUGAGGCUGUAAAUUUGGGAAAUCUUCUAUGUCAGUACGGUUACUUCUUUCCUGUCAACGAUCUCAAGAAUUUAAUAUUUAAAGAUGACUCUUCACUUUACCGAUUUCAAAGUCCUUACUACUGGCCCUGGCAAGCGCCCCGAGUGGCCGGCAGCGGGUCAAGUGCGCCCACACUUGGCCCCGACAACAUCGAGUAUGCUAUCUAUCUCGUCAAACGCACGCUACGGAAUAAACAGCGCCACGGUCUCGAAGACUACGAGCAAGAGGCCUUGGCGAACCUCAAGAAGAACUUGGCUGCUAAAUGGGACUUCAUCACGAUGCAGGCUGAAGAACAGGUACGACUGGCGAAAGAACGCAAGAAAGGUGAUAAAAUAGUAAGCGACAGUCAGGAACGCGCAUAUUGGCGUGUUGCAAGACCACCCCCUGGUGUGCCAAGCGCUCUGGAACCCUGCCCAGUGCCAGUGCGCUCGAGACACCCCAAGGCAAAGAAACGGACAAUACCACAGAUACAACGAGAAAUUGAACACUUAAAAGCUAGUCUAGACCGGACUAGAGUGAAGACCUCAGUAGCUCUGGAAGGUCUUAUGGCCUAUUCGGAUACCUAUAACCCGUACGACCCUUGGCUUACACCACCACAACCUUCAAACCCUUGGGUCAGCGAUGACACACUCUUCUGGCAAAUUAAUAGUCCAAUUGUGGAGAUUCCCAGCGAGAAGCGAGUCCAGCGCUGGGCUCUAUCGAUCGAAGAGCUCGUGUCGGAUCCGACGGGUCUGCAGGAGUUCACAAGCUUUCUAAGAAAAGAGUACUCUCACGAGAACAUCCGGUUUUGGCUGGCCGUGAUGGACUUGAGAAGGAGCAGUACUAAACAAAUACCGAAGAAACUUGACGAUAUUUUUGAAGAGUUCCUAAAGCCAGGAGCACCCUGUGAGAUCAACAUAGACGGUGCUACUGCAGAGCGCGUGGCGGAAGGUCGGAGAACUGGUUCCCGAUACGCUUUAGACCAUGCCGCUGACCACGUCUACGGUCUAUUGCUCAAGAAGGACUGCUACCCGCGGUUCAUCCGCUCAGACCACUUCCAGCGUCUUCUCACGGAAGGAAGGAACGUACAUCAAAAGAAGGCCAAGUUCUUUAACUUCGGUGGACAAGUGAAGAAAAAGCCCGGCUCAACUAGCGGUAGCGGUGGUUCAGGCAGUGGUAGCGGCUUGUCCCGACGGCGUGGUUCUGAUCGGUCAUUAUCUGGUUCUGCUCAUGAGCUAGCCGUCUGUGCUGUUCAACCACCUCGCCCGCCCGAACCACCACCUCAUAGCCAUUCGCAGUCAAAUCUCUGCGAUAUUCCAUUCCGCGAUCCUUUGGAUGAUGACACAUCAGAAGUCUUACCAUGGGAGACAUCCACACGAGAAAUCCCCUACGGUGGCGCAAGAAGACGACAAGAUUCCGCCGCAGAUUCAGGAAGUUCUUCAUCAGAUGUGAGCGCGGCAGUAGCGACGGGUGAACGCAUGCGCAGAUUACCUCAGCAGAGUACGUUAGAUGGUGGUCUUCGAGGCGCCGCACCGCCGUUACGACGACUGUCUGCAGUCGAGCCAAGACAUUUAGCACCACUGGCGUCCCCACCACAUUCGCCGCGACAAAAAAGAGUAGGCGUACAACCAGUACCUCACACUCAAACUACAACUCCUCACCACCCAACGCCGACGAUAAGUGUCAGUUCCGCACCUGACGAAGAAUCGGGUGACUCACCUCCCAGGACUUAUUCACCAGACGAAAGACGCUCCCUAAUACAAUCAGAAGAGCCGUCCUCAGUAUUUGCCUCCACAGAUGUGACCCCGACUGACCCUGCUAUUGUGUUUGGUGAACGAGCUCUAAUCGAAGCGGUUUCGGAUUCGAGUGAUAUUGACGCCGAUACUUCGAAAUUAGAUGUCGUCAGUUCUCAUACUGAGGUUCCUGAUGACGCUUCUGAGGAAGUAGGUAUGGAUAAAGAUCUGAAUGUUAUAAACACAGAAGAUAAACAAGAAAACGACGUGUGUGAUAGUGAAACAGUUUCGCAUAGUGUGAAGGAACUUCCAAAAAAUAAUAAUGAAACAAAUGUCGCUCUGGUUCAUAUAACCCGCGUAGUAGUGAGUCAAAAGAGUUUAGAUGUGACCCCGCCACUCAGUAUGAGUUCAGAUAAAGAAGAUUCUCAACGUUCGACAUUGGAGAGAGUUCGGAUUCCAAUAGCACCUCUAGCUACCUGCGAGGACAUAGUGGAAGACGAUAGCUUAGACAAAGUGCCUUCAGUAGCACAGAGGGAAUCAAAGGACACCAGAACAAUUUCUGGAGAUGUCAAAACGGUUGCUCAUGGUGACGAACUAUCUUCUAUGGCAGAUAAGCGUGAUAAAAGCUCAGAUAGCAAAAUCAGUGAUCAUAAGCAGAGAAAUGACAUUUGUCCUUGGGAAGAUGAGAAUUCCUGCGAGAGUGACGCGCCAUUUGUUAAAACUUAUGCAACUCUUGGUUACUUAUAA